AGCGGUGAGUUGUCUGUCAUGGGUAACCUAUUGAGGUAGCUGGAAGUAUUAAUGCUUGGACUGGUACAUAGACGCGAAGGCAAAAUCGGCUUCUUCCAGAGGUUCCAAACACACUCCAGACCUUAGCCUCCGUCCUUGCCUGAGACCCAGUCGAGCGCACACUCAAGUGUCACAACUUGGAACUUGUCAAUACCGCCAUCCCACCUCUUCCAACCAGGCAGAUACCAAUGAACCCAAUUGGACUGCAGCCGUCGGAGGAUGUGGAAUACACAAUAUCCGAGGACCGUGCUGCUGGUGAUGCAUUGCACGCCGAAUCUGGGUUCGAAUUGCUUGCCUCGUCGUCUUCGGCCACUUCACAGGCAUUGCCGGCCACCCAGGCAAAGUUCGAUCUCGCGGAUCGCGAGAUGCAACUGAAGCUGCUCGAGCAUCAAAGUAGGCGGAGGAUGAUGGCGGCAAAGCAUUGGGAACGAAACCAUCCCAGCCAACACUCCAUUGUCGACCCCAGAGAGACGAAGGAACACCUUGACGCCAACCAACAUGAAAUUGCAAACACCAAUGUAGCGACGAGAACCAGUCCAAACGCCGAUAACAUGGCUUCAGACUCGGAGGAAUGCUCCAACGUUGAUAACCACGAGGACUUUCCCCUACUCUACCGGGUCUACUGCCUGGAACAUCACUACAAAUGCGACCGCCGCAUGUUUGGAGACGAGCCUCGCCGCGUGCUCAUCGAUGGGCAGCUGCAUCUUGCCGGCGACCACUUUAUCGACGUUGGCCGUCUCAUCACCAGUCUAAGCAACCGACCAUUCAUUGUAUACCGUACAUUCUAUUGCGACAAUCGAGAGCUGUACUCCACUCAACAUUCCGCCGCUUCUUCCGAGGCCCAUUCUGCCGGUUACGGUGUAGUUUCAGUCCUCUCCACAGAACUUCACACAGCACUCCAGAAGAUUUGCAAAUUCGCACCAAAUGAUGGUGCUUACGAGCCCAAGCCGGAUUCUUCCUUCGAGUCCCCUUGCAUGCUGAAACCCCCAUCUCCUCUUCUGACUCUGUCGACCUCGGAAUACACGCAAUACUUUUUCUACCAUCACCGAGCUGACAUAGAGCAAGCUGCGGCCGAGGCUGCUUGCGGAGAGCACUUGAACCAUCUCUUGGCAUAUUUGCAACAGCAUCCAGACCCCAUGCAUACCAAGUGCAACGAUCUCUUCAGCCGGGGUCUUGUCACAUCUGAGACGCUGGCCUGGUUGUUUCGCCCGAACGAGAUCAUAGUGCACAGAGAAGGCAAGCUCCUGACUGCCUACGUCUUGCGUGCUGUACCCAUGUGGAGCGGUCCCAACACAGUCGAGCUGGACUGUUGGACCUGGGGCUACGACGGGAAAUGGUUUCAGAGAAAGGACAAGAUCCUCACCGUGACAUGUCUGUCGUACAGCGCGAUCUACAUUACCGAGUUGUCGGUGUACCCUUUGCGCUAUGCCGAGGAGCAAACCAGACAGCAGUUACACAGGACGGGCAGCCACUUCUGGAAGUUGAGAUACCAGACCCACGUUGCUUAUGAAGGGCCCGACUAUCAAGCCUUCUGACUCCAGAUGCAUGAUCGACUACGAGACAUACCACAAAUUUCACGAAUACGCAGACGCGUUCAAGUUUUCGAACUACCGGAUUGUUCCGUUCGAUAACUG